GACUAGAAUCGGUGGAAAGGUUGACCUGGGUGGUACCCUAUCCAAUACGUAACCUAGCGCGCGUAUCAGUGCUCACGUUAGACAGGAAUUCUUUGAGGGGUGCCGGUGGGCUGAAUUUGUGCUGCUACACUGUUAUACAGAAAAGUCACCAAUACUGUCGAGGACCUUUUUCUAGGCUCAAACGGCCAAGUUCUGGACAGAAAGACUGGUACUUGUUACGAAUCCGCUUUGAAUCCGCCACUCGCGCGAUGGGGAAGAAGAUCCUUCAACUCUUCAAAUAUGAUUGGCUCGUCUAUAAUCUCACAUGAUACCUGGGACCGGUGCGGUCCUCCCUUCCCCUGUGGCGGUGACUCGCUUCUCCAUGUUAACUGUCGAGUUCAUGACCAAGCGAUGUUCCUCCCCCAUUCCUUCAUGGCCUCCCUACUGGACAUCCUCGCCGACUUGGAGGCCUCCAACGACAUCAUCAUUCACGAUGACCGAAAGCACCUGUACCGACGGCUCAUUGCUAUGUGCAUCAUAUUCGUCACCUCCCUAUUCGCUGUUUCGUUCCCUGUGAUAUCGAAAAGGUCGACAUAUCUACCAAUACCCAAAACUGCCUUCUUCAUUGGGAAGCAUUUCGGCACUGGCGUCAUAUUAUCGACGGCGUUUUGCCAUCUUUUGCAAGACUCGUUUGAAGCGUUACGAAAUCCGCUGGUAGCUGAAAGUUACGGAAAGGUUGGGGACCAAUGUGGGUUGAUAAUAUUGGGCUCCCUUCUUUCAAUAUUCCUCAUUGAAUAUAUAUCUACUUCAUAUGUUGACCAUCUACAUGCUGAGCCCUCUGAGCCUGCUUCUCCAGUAACCACGAUAGUACCGUUACCUGAACCACUAUCUAUUGGUUGUGGCGGUCUUCCAGAAUCAGCACCUGACGAAGACACGCCACUGCUGUCAUCCUCUUCUCACUCCUCGCAUACCUCCUCGUCUCAUCCUCCUCAGCACUACCUUUCUUCCAUCUUAACGAAUACCCCUAGGCAUCUUCGCAGCACUGAAUCGUACUACAUCAUCAACGACCUCAAUUAUCACGUCAACCACGGCGACUACCAACUGAUAGGCGGUAAAGGAUCGUGCGUGUGCGUGUGCGUCUGUCCAGCCGGUGCCGAAGGCAAUAGACCACCAGCAAAGAGCACUUCGCGUAGCGGAACGGUGACUCCGACGCACAAUGUAGACGUGGAGAAGCCUCGCAUUGGAAGGAGACGCCAGGUGGUCGGGAUUCUAGUACUACAGUUCGGGAUUAUGAUUCAUUCACUUGUGAUUGGUCUGACGCUCUCCAUCACUCACGGUGCUGAAUUCACUUCACUUGUGACUGCUAUCAUAUUCCACCAACUGUUCGAAGGCCUAAGCUUGGGCAUCCGAAUCGCUGCAUUGCCACCCGUGCGUCGGUUGCCAGUUCCCAACACCACACCGCUAUUUUCAAUCCAUCAAUGGCACUGGCUCGCACCCGUGCUCUCCUUCCUUUUCGCGGUCACCACACCCCUCGGGAUGGGCGUUGGCAUGCUGGCGUUCUCAGGCAAGGUCAGCAAAUCGCAGAUGCUGAUCACGCAGGGCCUCAUGUCGGCCAUCUCGGCCGGUAUGCUGAUAUACGCGGCGACGGUGGAGAUGAUUGCUGGCGAUUUCGUGUUUGGGAACCUGACUGGACAUGAACAUGGGCAUGGGGGUGAGAUUGAGCAUGAGGAGGGAGGGCCGACGCUUGGAAGAAAGAUCCUUGCUGUUGUUAGUUUGCUUGCUGGAGUGUUUGGGAUGGGACUUGUGGGGAUUGGAGAGUGAUGAGCACUUUAUAGAGAUAUUGUAUUUUAUUAAUCUGGAUUUUGUAAUCUAUUAGACUUGCUCAUUGAGAAUCUAAAGCGAUGAGAAAU